AUGCUGCGACGCAUCCCAGUAACACCAGAUGGAAAAGCCGUCGACAGGCUGCAGGAGAGCACUCGUGUCAACAAGCCGUUCAAAUCACCCGCCAGCGUCGUUCAGCGACAUCAGCCUCAACGCAAGCGCAAGCGGGUGAACUAUAAGGAGGACGAGAAUGCGUCCCGUCAGUCAGAUUCCGAUGAGGAUGGCUCGCAGAAGAAGAAGAAACUCGACAAGAAUGGUCGGUUUGAAACUCCCCGCGAUAAUAACAUCAAGCACUACCCGGUCUUCAAAGUGAAACCAUUCGACCAAGUGUCUCGUAGAUUCUCCAUGCCAGAGAUGAGAAAUAAAAAUGGAGAACUUGUUCCACUGAUACCAACCAAUGCCUCGCUUGGUAUUCGUCCCCUGGCGAAUAUCAUCCCUCGACCGCUCCACGAUCCUAUGGAGGAUCAUGCCAUCGUUCUCUAUGACCCUACCGUCGACGAUAGAGAAACUGAUGAGGAGCGAAAAGAACGUGAGAAGGAGGAAGCCAAGGAGAAGGCAGCUCAGGAGGCACGAGAGAAGACGGUCGGGAUGUACAAUCCUCACAAGAGCCUGAAGGAACUGCUGGGUGGUGGUAAGAAUAAGAAGAAGCAGAAGGACAAAGUCGCAGUCGUCAUCGACCCUGCACUUACUAAGGUUCUCAGACCACAUCAAGUGGAGGGUGUAAAGUUCCUAUACAAAUGCACGACUGGCAUGGUGGUCGAGAAACAAUACGGAUGCAUAAUGGCAGACGAGAUGGGUCUCGGAAAGACGCUCCAGUGUAUUGCACUCAUGUGGACACUUCUCAAGCAGUCGCCACACGCUGGAAAGCCGACUAUAGAGAAAUGCAUCAUUGCCUGUCCGUCAAGUCUGGUUAAGAAUUGGGCCAAUGAGCUAGUGAAAUGGCUCGAGAAGGACGCUAUUGCCGCGCUUGCCAUUGAUGGGAAGGGAGGUAAGGCCGAAAUGCUCGAAAAAGUGGCGAGGUGGGUUGCUGCCGGCGGUAGGAACGUAACCCAACCAGUCAUGAUUGUCUCCUACGAAACAUUGCGUACACUGUCCGUUCAUCUUGCCAAUUGCAGCAUCGGCUUGCUGCUGUGUGAUGAAGGCCACCGGCUCAAAAACUCUGAAUCUCUGACAUUCCAAGCGCUGAAUGGUCUUAACGUCAAACGUAGGGUGAUCUUGUCUGGGACGCCCAUACAGAAUGACCUAUCUGAGUAUUUCUCUUUGCUGAACUUUGCCAACCCCGACUUCUUGGGCUCGAAGAAUGAUUUCCGAAAGAACUUCGAGAACCACAUCAUCAGAGGCCGUGAUGCUGAUGCUAGCGACGCCGUCAAAGCCGAGAGUGAGAAGAAAUUGAAGGAGCUGGGUGGACUGGUAGCGAAGUUCAUCAUCCGACGAACGAACGAUCUCCUGUCCAAGUACCUGCCCGUCAAGUACGAACAUGUUGUGUUCUGUGGUCUAUCCGACUUCCAGCUCUCUCUAUACCGAUUGUUCAUUUCCUCGCCUGAGAUUCAGGCACUCUUGCGUGGAGCAGAAUCUCAGCCUCUCAAAGCCAUCAACAUACUAAAGAAACUAUGCAAUCACCCGGAGCUGCUGGACUUGCCGAAAGAUUUGCGAGGCUCGGAGAAGUUGCUACCAGAAGACUUUUGUGGUGCGGGUUCCAGUGCGAGGGACAGAGGUAGGAACCAGACAAUUCAUUGCGAGUGGGGUGGCAAGUUCCUGGUGCUCGAACGAUUCUUGCAUCGUAUUAGGACGGAGACAAAUGACAAAAUCGUCUUGAUCAGUAACUACACACAGACGCUGGACCUCUUUGAGAAGCUCCUCCGUUCCAAGAAGUAUGGAUAUUUUCGUUUGGACGGCACCAUGACGAUCAACAAACGCCAAAAGCUCGUCGACCAGUUCAAUGACCCGAAUGGCAAGGAAUUCGUCUUUUUGCUUAGUAGCAAAGCUGGAGGAUGUGGUAUCAACUUGAUUGGCGCAAAUCGACUCAUCCUCUUCGAUCCUGAUUGGAAUCCGGCCGCAGACCAGCAAGCCUUGGCUCGUGUCUGGCGUGACGGACAGAAGAAAGAAUGUUUUGUAUAUCGGUUCAUAUCUACAGGAACGAUUGAGGAGAAGAUCUUCCAGCGGCAAGCCUCAAAGCAGGCGCUCUCCUCUGCAGUGGUAGACGAGAAGGAGGAUGCAGAGCGACAUUUCUCGGUCGAUGCUCUACGAAAGCUAUUCUUAUUCAACGAGAAGACGCUGUGCGAAACACACGAAACGUUCAAGUGCAAACGUUGCAAGAACGGCAGACAAGUCAUGAAGGCUCAGACACUGCUCUAUGGUGAUGCGAGCACAUGGAACCACUUCACGAACGAGGAACUCAGGAACAACCAUGACGACCUGUUACGGGCGGAAUUCGGUCUCCCUGAGGUCUCCUUCGUAUUCCAAUACAUCAGCCACUAG